AUGAUAUAACAGAAAUGUUAAAAGUCAAAUACUAUGAUAUAAAAAACAGAACAGCAUGAAGCGUGAGGUCUACUUGUGUUCGUCACCUUCACUCUAACCUCACCCCAACAAAGUCUACCGAAUAAUUUUUUCUUAUUUAGUUAAAGCUUGUCUCAGAAAAACAUUUUGAGAGGGAAUAUUGAAUUUUGGAUAAGAUAUUCAAGAAUAGAAAAAUAAUGAGACAAGAGUGGUGAUCUUCUUCUUCUUUUUAAGAAAGAGAAGUGACUCAUUUUAGUGGUGUACAUUUUUUGUCAACAGUGGGGGAGGAUCCUUCCUUUGGAAAGAAUCUGAAAGUUUUAAAUCUUGUUCCCACUCCUUAAAAAUAGAAUUAAAGUUUUAAAAGGAGGCUCAUCAGAUCAUGAGUAAACACAUAUAUAUGAGAAGCAAAGCAGUGCACUCCGUCCAAAGAUCUGCUCCUCCUCCUCCUCUUCAGGCUCCCAAAGAUGAGUCAAAGAGAAAUCAACUAGAUUGUGUCACUGAAGAGAAGCCUAAGGAGAAGGAGAGCUUCUUCUUGUCUUGGUAUAAACACCAUUUGAAGAACUUUUUUCACGCUGUUAAGUUUCCCAAGGAGCGAAAAGGAACUUCUGUUGUGAAUCCUGAUAAUGAUGAUGAUGAUGAAGAAAAUGAAUAUGAUGCUGGCCUGGAGAAGAAGCCCAUGCAGAAUAAAGAGGAACCAACAAUAGUAGUACAAGCAAUUACUCUACCUGAAAUUUCAGAUCCCUCUUUACUGUUAAAAGAGCAGUCGAGACGUUCCCUUUAUACUUCACUUCCUGCUCUUGUUCAAGGCAGGAAAUGGGUAUUGCUCUACAGUACAUGGAGGCACGGUAUAUCACUGUCAACGCUAUACAGGAAAAGCCAACUCUGGCCUGGUCUCAGUUUACUGGUAAACUAAAACUCAAAAAUGUUUGGUUCCAUACCUUUUUUAUGGAGAGAUCUAUGGCAAACCAACGUUGUUUUAGGUUGUCGGAG